GAGGUUUGGAACAUCUGGGUUUAUAAUACUGACUCACACAAUGAGAAUUGCACUAAAAGCUAAAAAACUUGUUGGUUUUGUGGUACAAAAACAACAAAAUGCAGGGCAAGACCACUAGUAUUUCUGUAUUAUAUUGAGACUUCUGUUAUAUCUAAUGAUACGUAAUUUCUAUAUGUAUCAUAACCAUUAUUAGCUGAGCGUAACCAGCAUAAUUUCUUAUGCAUUCAGUACAAACUGUAAACUUGUCCUGUCCUAGUCAUCUGUAGAAUAAUGGCAUCAACCAUACCAGCAAUAUCUUAUCUCAUGAGCCAAAUUGCUUUCUGUCUACAUUUUCUGCUUUGACCCCAUUAAAUGUUUUGUGUUUUUCAUUGCGAAACAACUAUGGUGCAUACAAGUAAGUAGAUUGACAGAUUACUAGGACACUUUUUGCUUCGUUACCAGUGCUUUUACUUUGCUAUGGUUUCCCAUUAUUGUAUUUGAUUUGAUGUGGGCAUUAACAUUUUGUUGGCUGAACUUCUUGUCAUAUAUGUUGUUGGCAUGAUGUACAGUACAUUUUGUAUUCCUAAAUUCCUUUAAAAUGGAAUUUUACACAGUAAAAUAAAGGUAAAUACAAGCAUGUGAGUGACCAGUACACAAUCUGGAUGCUCGAAGAUCAUGACCUUCAGCCUUAAUAUGCAUUGUGGGUUAGUCACAUAAUCUCUUACAGUGUACAGUUAUGUAAUAGAUGUGUCAUGAGUUACAGAACGACCUGCCUUUAUGCCACAAUACAGUGCUAUUAAGUUGUAAAAAUCUUAUGAAUCAGUGUUGUUAUUGUUAACUAAACCUAUUAAAAAUGGUUUUCAUUAAUUAGCUAAAAAUAAAAUACAAAUAUUAGAUGAUAACUUAAAAUAUAUAAAUUAGAAAUGUUGCCUUAUUUAGUAACAUACGUUUAAGUUUUAUUACUUAACCUGGAAUGAAUAUAAAAUAAAGCUAAAUAGAAAUAAAAAUGACAAAAGCACCUAAUAAAAUUACUAAAGCAAGCAUCAUUUCUCAUAUUCUCUAGAAAACAUAUCACGUGACCUUUUGUGAAGAUAUUAAAGUGACCAUAAGCAGGUUUAGCUAGUGGAUACUUUUUUUCUGGGAUAAUUUACCCAAAACGGCCUCUAGGAUGUGCUGUGAACAGAAAUAUCAGUACAAAACAUGCCUUAACACAUCAUCCCAAAGCCACAUAAUCCAUAGAUUGUAGUUAGAAAGCAGCGGUCUCAGUACAAACAAAAACACUGUAUGUGUUGGUAUGUUUGUUAUUCGUUUUUUUAGGAUGCAAAUGAGAGAACAGCUUAUCCACAACAGCAUGUUAUUUCUGCUGCAUCCAAUUAACCUUCCACUAAUCCAUCGAGGAGGCUUGUGCAGCCAACAGUUGAUCACGAUCAAAUAUAGGCUAUCAAGGUGUGAAAAGUCUCUCUGCAUGUGCUUGUGAGUAUCAAAGUCGGAUAAAAGUAGAAACUAUAAGAGUAGUAAUAAUGGUACACAGCAGGACUACUUGUGUCCUGAAAGAUAUAGAAGUCGUCAGAACAAGAACAGGCAUCAGUUGUGUUGAGAACUGUUAUACUUUUUCUUGGAUGCAAAUUUGUGUUGGAAAAUGUACUGCAUUGAUUCCUCGGACAGUAAGAUUACUGUUCAGCACAUGUAACUGUGAAAGGGGAGGGAGGAGUAGAGAGAGAGAGUCAGAGACUAAGGCGAUUAGGAGGCUUCUCUUCCCAUGCCAGUCAGAGCAUUUCCGAUGGAAUUCCUUCAUCCUCACUUUGAGCUAUUGGUGAAUUCUCCAACAAGAGUCAGAUUGCUUCACAGAGCAAGUCAAGUGGAGAAAAAAUGGGAUGGUUUUGGUGAAAAAAAAACAAGCUUGGGUAUGUAUGCUUGGUAUAUGAUAAUCAGAAUCCAAGGGUGGAUAAAAGUACAACCGGUUCUUGAAGAUCAGUGGAUAUGAUAUGGAAAAGGUCUUUGACUUCUGGUUCCAAUGGGUUUCUUCAAUACUUGUGUCAAUAACUGGAGUUUAGGAUUACUGUUCAUUAUGUGACAGUCUCAUUCUGGAUCCUACAAGAUUUUUGUUUUUGUGUUCCACCAGUCGGAUAGUUAAAUGGUGCUAAUAACUGAAAAUGGUGUUGCAGGAGGUGUAGUUCUGGUCAAAGAUCACCAAUAUGGCACCAGUGUCAACCAAGCAAGAGGCUGCAACAAUGAGUCCUUCAUACAGAGCUCCAAUUCUGUGGAGCCAACAGAGGACUCUUAUUAUGCAGAUGAUGAAGACCACCAUCUUUAUGAUGAUGAUGAUGAUGACGAUGACAUCUACCAAGAGUUUGAGGAGUUGGACUUUUCCGAACUACCGGAUAGCAAGAGCAUUGUGUCAGAUGAUUCCUUCUAUCCACCUGAUGAUUCACUCAACUUCGAAAAAUGCCCGAGUCCUGAGAGCCCCGAGCCGCUCAGCUUCUUCAAAGCAUGCUGCUCUAACAAUGCCAUCAUCGUCAAAAUCAUGAUAAGACAAGGUGUGACAGAGGAGGAGGUGCGAGAGGUGGACAAAAAUAACAGAACAGGUCUGAUUGUGGCGUGUUACCAGGGCUACGUGGAUGUGGUCAUUGCACUUUCUCAGUGUCCAUAUGUGGACGUGAACUGGCAGGAUAAUGAAGGGAAUACGGCUCUCAUGACUGCUGCACAAGCAGGUCACAGUAUGAUUACCAACUACCUGCUGAACUAUUUUCCCGGGCUCGACACUGAACGCAGGAACUGCCACGGCUUCACUGCGAUGAUGAAAGCAGCCAUGCAGGGUCGAGCCGAAUGCGUGCGUUCUCUCAUGAUGACAGGAGGAGACAUUGAAGCAAGGGACUUUGGCCGUAAGCUGACUCCAUGGGAAUGGGCCAUGUUCACGGGCCGCUACGAGACCGCCAAAAUGAUAUCUCGACUGAUGGAACAGCCUUGUGCUGAACAGUUUUGUAACUCUUACCGCAUGGAGUGGCCUAUGCUAAGCGAACUGGUGGCCCAGUCAAAGGAGCCCAAGUCCUGCUGGAAGAAGUUCUCCGAGUGUGUCUGUAACUUGCUCUCCAUCAGCAUGAAGACCAACCCCGUAGAUGAAGGCGUCAUGGACUACAUGGUGCGCAUGACCACGGCGCUGGCCAGCCCACUCAUAGCCACCGCCUGCCACACUGUGUGCCCGGGCAGCCCUCCGUGUGUUGGAAAACGUCGCCCUGCUGUACAGGACAUCCUCCGCAGACAGCGUAUUGCUGAGCUAAAGAAUCUGGGGCCUGAUCGCCUCAACAACUACAAGCGGCUCUUCCAGAACUCCAGGGUGCUGCUGGUGCCGAAGAAGCCGGAGCGGCGCGCCAGUCUGCAGCCGCAGUUACUGCAUAGCGUAGCGAUGGCCUCCAGCGUGGCCCUGAGGAGAAGCAGCCUGCUGCCCCUACACAUGAUGCGCAGAAGCAGUGUGCGUCCUGGAAUGGUGGUACCUAAAGUCAUGCUGUGUAAAGCUCCUACCCCCAUGUACAUGCCGGAGCGGCCGCCGCGCAGGGCUUCAAAAGACUCAUCACAACUACAGAUCCCUAAAUGGAGGUACAAAGCUCUGAAGGAGGAAAAGAAGAAAGCUGAAAAAAUGGAUAGGUUGAGAAUGCCUGUCGGGAGGAAAAAGUGAUGUGGCUUUUGAUGCCUUAAUGUUUUUUAAGGAUGUUUUCCUCUGUGAAGGCUUGUGGUCUGUGUGAGGGACGGCACAAAUUGUACAAUACUCUUUUAAGACUGCCAUGGACUUCACUCCUCAGUUCUGUAAUCUUUAGUCUGAUACAUUAUUUUUAAGUGAUUAAUAAUUCUAAUUUACAGAAUCACCUGACAUAAUUAAUGUUUUUUUGGCUCAUCAUCUUUGAGCCAAGUCACACUUGAAAUUUGAUGCACAGAAAUGUCUUUCUGUUUUUUUAUAUUGCUCUGAAAUUGAAAGGGAGUGUUAUAUAAAGAAGCUGCUAAACAACAUAUUUAUCAAGGACGUUCGUAACACCGAAAUAAUACAAUAGACCAUAGUCAGGUUAGACGCCGUAUUGAAUUUAACGCAGAUGAAGACGAGGCUGUAAGGGAUAGACAGUCUUUGCAAGAACUGUAUAAAGGUCCUAGAUCACAUAAUUUUCGCAACUCACAACAUUUAAAACUGUUUUAUGGUGUUUUUUCCCCCCUGGAAAGACAUUCAUGAGCUGAACAAUUGGAUUGUUGUUAAACAACAGUGCAAUCCAUUGAACGCAAUGUAUUGUGUUCCUCACAGACUCGUUUUCGUUCAUGUCAAUAAAAAAAUGGCGGUACCCUGACUAACGUCUACAGUCUUUGCUUAUGUUCAGAGCCAGUGGGUGGAGCUUGACAUAUAGCCCCGCCCCUGACCGUAAAUGGGUGGAGCUUGAUGGUCCAGCCACACCCUAACCUUACCCCACCAAAUAGGUCCAGCGAGGGGGAGUUGGACGUCAUUUGCCUUUGCAGUGAGCACCACCUUUGUUCAAACCGGGUGACGAAUUAAUUUGAUAAUGAAAUGAGGUAUUAUUGAUAAAAAGUAAACUCUUUAAAUAAGAAAACAGGGGUCUUUUUCAGCUUGUAAAGAGAAACAUAUUUAAAUCAGCUCAAAUAGACAGUGCUCGUACUCAUAGUCACAUAUUGGUGAAGAUUUGAAAUAUACGGUUUGUUAUUAGACAUAUCAGUGAUAAAUAUGUCAAACUAUAGCAUUAAAAUCCUUUAAUAACAAAGCAGUCAACGUUAUAAGGGAUGCACCCGUACCAGCAAUGCAGAGUGUUUUAGGCUUUAAACUUCCAGUAGGGGUCAGUAUUACAUCUAGUCAGUUAAGGUAAUGUUCUUCUCAAAACACACAAUCCAGACAUGUGGCCAUUUCCGCUCUCAAAAUGCAUUUCUUUAAUAUUCGUGUCUAACGACACAGUCUUACACACUUACAUUAGCAAUAAAAUCAACACUCACAUCAUAGCAUCACCACAUUUCUAUGCAUCAAACUGAGCUGUAGAUGGAUUAUUACGCAUUAGCAUUGAUGAGAUUGAAAUGAAUGGACGUGGAGGGCUUGGUGUUUCAGAGCUGUAGUAGGCAUGAGAUGUCGUUUAGCGCCUGUCACACUUUUUUAUACUGCAGACUGGUUCUCAGGACAAAGUGAGAAGCACAUACCCUGUCAAUGUCAAAAUAACUCUCUGUGGGGAAAAUGGUAAUGAAACAGUCGUGAUGAAACCCUAACAGGAGCUCGCAGCUUGCCCGCCUGGCCUCUGAUAGCUAUCUAGGAAUUCCAUCAAAAAUACAAUAAAUUGAAAACUAACGCCAGUACAAGGUAACAGAAAUCUCUUAUGUGUUAGUGCUGAUGUCUAGAACACAAUAAAUGCUGUUGACUAAAUCAAUACAAAAUACAUGGAAAAAAUCAGUGCUGUUAAAGUGUUGAAAGCAUCUUUUUAAAUAAAAAAAUAAAGUGGUUUGGAUGUA